AUGCGGCUCUAUUCAUCUGCAAUCUGUUUGCGGCGAUCUGCCUCAAGUAACAUGUAUGCCCAUUCCAAUCAGUUUCAAGGAGGAGGCACACAGAGUAUGGCCAUACAGAAGUGCUUCGGGCCGCAGUCAAGCCGUUCUCAUAUGACAUCGGGAUCAGCCAGUUUUUCUUUUAAUAAAAAUUUAAGACCUGCUGAACCGCAGAGUCUGAAGUACUUUGCUAGCUUAGUGGGCCGACGAUUGCGUUGCGGAUUAUCAACUAGAGAGGGCAGUCUAAGUGUAAAGCUCGACAUGCUUUCACGUGAAAGAAUUUCGGGUAUGAAUUGGAAUUGGAGAGGCAUGCAUCAAAAAUUAGGAGCUACAGCUGGUGGGCUUUGUUUCGGAUUUUCAGUUACUGGGACUGCAAAAGCUGAGAUGCCAGUUGACAGGAAUAUUAACUGUUCAGAAACAUCAGCAUCAUCUACUCAUGAGAAGAAAGUCUACACAGAUUAUUCUGUUACUGGCAUUCCAGGAGAUGGAAGAUGCUUAUUCCGUUCCGUGGUUCACGGUGCAUGUGUCCGGUCAGGGAAAGCUAUACCCAAUGAAGAUCUUCAGAGAAAGCUAGCUGAUGAAUUGAGGUCAAUGGUUGCCGAUGAAUUUGUCAGUAGACGGGAAGAGACUGAAUGGUUUGUUGAGGGCGAUUUCGAUACAUAUGUUUCUCAGAUUAGGCAGCCACAUGUGUGGGGUGGUGAGCCAGAACUGUUCAUGGCUUCACAUGUUCUUCAGAUGCCAAUAACUGUGUACAUGCGUGAUGAAGAUGGGGGUGGUUUAAUAAGUAUCGCUGAAUAUGGCCAAGAGUAUGGUAAAGAAGAUCCAGUACAACUUCUGUAUCAUGGUUUUGGCCAUUAUGAUUCCCUUCAGAUUCGAGCCAAUAGGGGUCCAGAGGCAAGAAUGUAGAAUUUUGGAGUUCCAGAUGGACAAGGCAGGCACGUUGCAAAAGCAUUGAUCUGUGGAUACCAGAUGUCUUUGUCUAGGGACAUGCUCGUAGAAAAUGGUAAGAGAUGGACGACAUUCCAUUCUCUGUUUGAAGCUGCCCAACGAGCAAAAUUUGGAGCGAUCCAUUGCAUCUGAUUCUGCUGAAGAAAUAGGCAGGAACUCAACAAGGUAACAUCAUUAGGGGAGACGACUGAAUCCUGCUGUGUUGGUUCAUGUACUCACCAUGGAGUGGUGUAGACUAUUUCUCGAAAACCUCACCAUGGAGUGGUGUAGAUAAACAUGUACUUGUAAGGCUGUAACUAGAUGUAAUCUCUGUUGCUCAGGCAAUAAAAGGGUUGGGAUUAUUAAUAGAUCUUGCCUUCAAUGUUUUCCUCUAGAGGGUCUUGAUCAUGAACCGUUUUGAACAGCGAAUGCUUGCUCUGUACAUAAUGACUAAACUAUGGAUGGCAAGUGAGAACAGAUCAAGUAAGAUGUUGGUUGACAGGCGGCAGAAAAUAUGGUGCCUACUGUCUGGUGUGA